AUGAGAUUGACUUCCACGAAUAUGCAGGCUAGAAAGAUGCUAUUUGCUGCUAUUCUAUCUAUUUGUGCAUUAAGUUCGAAGAAGAUCUCAAUCUAUAAUGAAGAAAUGAUAGUAGCUUGUUGUUUUAUAGGCUUUAUCAUAUUCAGUCGGAAGAGUUUAGGUGAUACUUUCAAGGUGACUCUCGACGGGAGAAUCCAGGCUAUUCAGGAAGAAUUGCAGCAAUUCCUCAAUCCUAACGAAGUAGUUCUUCUGGAAUCCAAUGAACAACAACGAUUACUUAGGAUCUGUUUGCGAAUUUGUGGCACCGUAGUAGAAUCAUUACCAAUGGCACGCUGUGCGCCUAAGUGCGAAAAGACAGUGCAAGCUUUGUUAUGCCGAAACCUAAAUGUUAAGUCAGCAACACUUCCAAAUGCCACUUCUUCCCGUCGCAUCCGUCUUCAGGACGAUCUAGUCACAGGGUUUCACUUCUCAGUGAGUGAAAGAUUUGUCCCUGGGUGUACGUUGAAAGCUUCUAUAGUAGAACUCAUUCGAGAGGGCUUGGUGGUCUUAAGAAUGGUUCGGGUGGGGGGUUCUCUUAAGAAUAAAGAAGACGAAUAG